AAAAUCCUGAAAAGUUAAAGAUGGGUAUUGAUAAGAAGUACUUGGCAAAGACUCACGAAAAGAAGUCCGUUAGAAAGAAUUUGGUUUCUCCAAACGUCUACUUGUCCAUCUUGGUCAAGCUCUACAAGCUCUUGGCCAGAAGAACUGGUGCUGAAUUCAACAAGAAGGUUUUGGCCAGAAUGUUGCACACUAGAAGAGAACAAAGACCAGUCACUCUCGCCAGAUUGACCAAGCUCGUUGGUGAAAAGAAGGAAGUUGCUGUCGUUGUUGGUACCAUCACCAAUGAUGCUCGUUUGUUGGAUGCUCCAAAGGGUUUGAAGGUCUGUGCUUUGCACGUUACUGAAACUGCCAGAAAGAGAAUUGUUGAAAACGGUGGUCAAGUCUUGACUUUCGAUCAAUUGGCCCAAAUCUCACCAGACGGUAAGGGUUGCGUUCUCUUGAGAGGUAACAAGAAUACUGAAGCCAAGAAGCACUUCGGUUUGGCUCCAGGUCAAGCUGGUUCUCACGCCAAGCCAUACAAGCACGGUAGCACUAAGAGAGAAGGUAGAUACGGUGAAUUGGGCAGAGGUAGAAGAGCUUCUAGACAAUACAAGAAGAGAGCUUAAAUUUCUCAAACAUAAAAUACAACUAAAAUUUCUAAAA